AUGAAAGCAGGGCUGGGAGGAGAAAUUCUUCCUUCCUUCGCAGAAGUGUCUUCUUGUUCCACAGAUAAGGUCAAGUGCUUCUCAGACUAGCUGGCCCUGUGGAUCCCCAGGAACCACGUGGAGAGUUUGAGGUGGUGGCUGAACAGAAUUCUGCACUUGUCACGUAGGGAACAGUUGUUGGCUGGAGGGGAGUUCCAUGAGGACAAGGCCCACAUGUUUAAGGCCUUGGUUUAUUGCUGUAACAAAGAACACUGCCUGAAAGCAAAUUACAGGUUGGAAAUCAGAAUAUUUCAAACAGGGGUGAAAAGGUUGGAGCAGCGUGUCUGCUACAUAAUGAAGUGUCCAGUGAUAACGUCCAGGCUGGGCCAGGAGAGCAUCCACUAUGAGCCCACAUGUGUCCAGACCCCAUGGCCGCUCUCCCUUCAAGGGGAGCUGGGGGAUCCCCUGAAAGAUGCUGUCCUGAUGGGAUUCUAGAGGCUCGAUACCACCCCUGUUACCAUCCAAAGGCCAAGGCGAGACCGGCUUCAGAGGCGGGAAGUCAGUGGCGGGCAGCGGCCCUGCCCUGUCCUGUGGCACAGCACCUUCGGGGCCACUGCGGGGGGCGGCUCCGAGGCCCCAAAGAGCAGGCCAGAGUCAGAGGUCUUGCUUCACAUCCCAAAACAGAGACCGGGUCUGCUCAAGGAGAAAGGUUUCCACUCGGGGGAAAGCCCGAGCCUAAAAUUUCUGAGUCCACCGGCCUGCACCUUCACAGUGACACAAAACAGGGACUUUGUGGUGGCCAGCCACACGAUGGCUAGGACUGCCACGCUGAGGACUGCUCCCUCUCCAUUGUUCCCAGGAGAGGAGACCCUUCCAGCAGGAAUGCCAUUUGCUGCCUCUCCCCAAUGUCUCCUCUCCUCAGCGGCCGCUCUGGGCAUCGAACAGUCCGAAGCGUUCCUGGUCUCAAGGCCACCUGUCACCCUGAGUCUAGGCACUCUAAGGCCUGAGCAGAGAGCCCUAGGAAGCAUCUUCCAUGAUGGAGGCCUUGGGACCAUCGGGAAGGAGGCUAAGGGGCACCUAGACCUGCCAUCCCAGGACCAACAGCAGCCGACACAGCCCACAGUGGCGACCAGUCCUGAUAGUCAGAGGCCUCCUCAGCUUCGGAACAACAUGGAGGGGCUUCUGGGGACCCCUUGCUGCAGUGGGUCUUGGGAGCGCCCCAGGGAUGCCAAGCACAAAAGACUGUGUGACUUUGGGUAA